UUUCCCUGACCGACAUCUAACUAUAAAUAACCUGUGAUAUCCUUGCAGAUAUACGAUUUUCACAAUGAAGUCAUCUGCUAGAGACAAUAGUCUCACUUUACACUGAAGCAAGAUCAGCAAAGCACCAAACCUGAUCCACAACAAAUGGCAUUCCUUGGGAAAAACAGGAUUAAGUUUAUACAGCUAAUAGUUUCUACUACCUCAUUUCUUGCUGUGACUCAAAUUGAGAGUGAAGAAGUUACCUACACAUCAUAUGACAGCCAUCAACGCUGGUCAUCUGCCGCGAACAACUGCAAUAGUAAGGGAGCCUUCCUCGCUAAAAUAAAAAACCUAGACGAAAUUGUUAAAGCUAGACAGACCUUCAAACAACAUCACACUACAGACUACUGGGUGGGUGUCAAGUACGACGAAAGCUUAAACGACUUUGUUUGGGCGGAUGGGACUCGUGUGGCUUCGAAUGCAAAUUUUGAAGCAAUUGUGAACAGGGCUGAGCAAGGCAAACUGGGCUUUUCGAAACGGUGUUUGUAUGCUACUACUGAAGACGUCUUGGUAGCGGAUGAUUGUGGAGCGCAUAGAAAGUACAUCUGUCAAGUUGGAGAAAGUGACGACGUAAUUUUGACAAGUUCACCUUCGCCUCAGCCAUCAUCUCACGUGCAUGUACAGUCUUCAUCAUCCGUAACGACAGCAACAUCAACAGCAGCAGUAACAACAAAAACAACAACAACAAAUACAAUGAAGCUAGCAGCAUCGUCAUUACCAUCAUUGUUGUCCUCAUCAGCAUCAUCAAUUUUAACUUUAUCUCCCUCGAUUUCUCCCACACCAUUGUUACAAGGAUCGUCCCAUACAGUUACUUCAUCGUUACGUUUACCGUCUUCAACCUCCAUUCAUUCUUCUUCAUAUGGCUUCCCUACAGUGAGCUCCACAACUGUUUUCCCUUCCUCACGCAUAGAAAAGUUGAUAACAGAACAUGACAGUAGACUCAAGCAGCUCAACGCUAGCGAAGCGUCGUCCUUAGCGGAUGCUGUAAACCUAACUUCAAAGCUACUUGAGAAUGUGAUUGAAAUACAGAACAGUGGCUUGAAAACCAAUAUUCUAGUUAGCUGCGAAAAGUUGGAGAAGUUUGUUUUGCAGUACGCCAGUCUUCACAUGACGUCACACAAUGGCUCCGAGACGGAACUUUUCAUGGUGCAGCAAGAGAUAGGCAUGACAGUAAUGAAACUACCUGCAUAUCAUAAGCGUGAUGUCAUUUUUCCAUCUGAAAGAAGUUCUUUUGACGAAAGUUUUAUACAAGAGGAGAAGGGUGCCAUGAGACUUCCCGCCAGCCUCUUCGCUGCUAGAGAACGCUAUGUGGUCUGUAUGCUGUACAAAAAUGCCGCCGAAUUAAUGCCCGAAGAGGAGAAUGGGGUAGAUAACGAGCAGGAUGCUGUAAACCUAACUUCAAAGCUACUUGAGAAUGUGAUUGAAAUACAGAACAGUGGCUUGAAAACCAAUAUUCUAGUUAGCUGCGAAAAGUUGGAGAAGUUUGUUUUGCAGUACGCCAGUCUUCACAUGACGUCACACAAUGGCUCCGAGACGGAACUUUUCAUGGUGCAGCAAGAGAUAGGCAUGACAGUAAUGAAACUACCUGCAUAUCAUAAGCGUGAUGUCAUUUUUCCAUCUGAAAGAAGUUCUUUUGACGAAAGUUUUAUACAAGAGGAGAAGGGUGCCAUGAGACUUCCCGCCAGCCUCUUCGCUGCUAGAGAACGCUAUGUGGUCUGUAUGCUGUACAAAAAUGCCGCCGAAUUAAUGCCCGAAGAGGAGAAUGGGGUAGAUAACGAAUUGGAAACAACUAUUCGUUCCCGGAUUAUAUCUUGCUCAAUAACUCCAGAAAUUCAAGGCAUAUUAAACGAUGACGUGAUAAUCAAGGUUAAGAAUAGAAAGAGACAAACGACAGCCAAGAAAUCGAGCUGUGCAUUCUGGGACUUCUCUAUCAGAACAAAGUUUGACGGAGCGUGGUCAAAAAAAGGUUGUACAUUGGUCCAGGAAACAGAAGAACACACCACUUGCCAAUGUAAUCAUUUGACAAAUUUUGCUGUUUUAAUGGAAGUGGGAGAAACGGAGAUUCCAGAUGGUCACAAGUUUGCCCUGGAGAUGGUGACCUACAUUGGAUUUGCCCUGUCUCUAGUCGGCGAGAUUCUUACCAUACUAGUCUACUUGAUUCUUAUGAACCUAAGAACUACGCAGUCUCAUAUUCGGCUAAAUCUGGCCACCUCUCUGGCCAUUGCCCAGUUGAUAUUUAUGGCCGGUAUCAAUGCCACUUCGGUGAAGGCUCUGUGCAUUGCUGUUGCUAUAACAGUGAACUAUCUAUACCUCGUUGCUUUUGGAUGGAUGGUUAUGGAAGGAGUUAUGUUGUAUUUGAAAGUCGUUAAAGUCUUCAAUAUUUCCACAAACAACAUGUGCUUUUAUGGCUUCGCAUGGGGCGUUCCAACAAUCGUGGUUGCAACUACCAUUUGCACAAAUGUUUUGGUUAACGGGGAUAUGAGCAGCAGCAUGCGGGAAGACGUUUGCUGGUUCUCAUUUUCGUCUGGUCUUGUAUGGGCUUUUGUUGGAUCUGUAUUAGCUGCAAGCUUGGUAAACUUAGCCAUACUCAUACGUAUCACAGUGGAAAUAAUGAGGCUAAAAGAUAUGUCUGGCAAUUCGGAGAAUCACUCAUUCAGGCAAAGCCUGAAGGCGUGUGUGGUGCUUUUCCCUUUGUUUGGUGUAACCUGGUUAUUCGGUGUUCUCACCGUCACGGAUGCAGGGCUGAUCUUUCAAUAUUUAUUCACAAUUCUUAAUUCUUUACAGGGAUUUCUCAUCUUCAUUUUCCACGUUGUCAGAAGUAAAGAAAUCAGAGCGGCGCUGGAAGCAAGAAGACAAAGAUGGGAAACGUCAAGAAAUGUGUCAGUGGCGAAUGAAAAAUCCACUCUCGGCAAGGGAACAUCGAGCACAAUGAAACCGAAAAAAGCGUUUGUGGUAAUGAACAAGAUUAGCCCCGAGACCGUGAUGAACAGCAAGAAUAGCUUGCCUUCUGUUACAUAAAUUAUCAUGUACAAAUUAUUUGCAUAAAUUAUCAUGCUAAAACACACUGAUUCUGAGAAACUUACGGAUUUCGAUAGCAAAGGCGAGUACGUUAUGAACACAAUUAAUUCAGAAACGGUUGCACAUCACCAGACUGAUAAGCUAAAUUGCCAGCUAGUCGAUAAAUUAUCAUUGGUAAGACUGAAAAGAAUAUCUUAAUUACCAAAAGUUGCAUAAAUGGUUAUAAUGAAUGAAACUAUUGAAUGAAAGCGUUUUCAUCAUAUAAUGAACUAUCGCAAGGAAUGAGACGUCAAAGAAUAGUGAUAUUGCAAUAUUACUGUUAAAGAUGAUUUCCAGUCCGUGCUGCUCAGUCUCAGCACCCCAAUGUUUGUGAGCCUCACUCGAUGAAAUGCGAAUCGAUUUUCUUCGUUACUUAUACUGCUUACCUUAUCUUUGCGGCAUUUAUAUUCUUUUUUCCAACUGUUUCUUUGCUUUUUACAACAACGACGUUGUUUCAUCAAGCGAUGUCAGAGAGAACAAAGCAUUGAGCUUUGCAUCUAUAAUGGCGGUUGACAUGAAACUUUGAGUUUAAUUCCUGUAAGUUGUUACGAAAUGUGACAUUUUGUGACGCCUUACAUGAAACGGAGAAAACAAAGUGAACAAACUCCCGAGGGUGCGCAGUGCGGACUGAAAAGCAUCUUAAAGUGCAUUUCAUUCUUGCUUUUCAAUCAGUGUUACAAAAUUGAAAGAAUUCACUACACGAAGAUAGCGAAGGAAGCUAAAAUUGUUAUAGAUUGAUAUCAUCAGAGGCACAAUCCACACACAGAUUUAGCAGAUAUCUUAAUGAUUAUUUUUAAUCCUGAAAUGUUUGAGAGUACCAGAUACAGAAUAUCUCAAAAUCACAUAAAUUAUACUUGACCCAAUAAUUCACAAGAUGAGAUCUGACAUUUUAAAACCACCAGCGUGAUUGAAAAACAUCAUAAUCCACUCAGGCGCAUGUUUAACAAAACAGAACGAUUUAUAUGUAGAAAAAUGUAAAUAAAUGCGUUUG